UAUUCUGGAUUAAUAGGAUUAAUCUAAGGUGGGAUUAUCCAAUGGCGUAGGUACCUUCCGUCUUCAUGUCUAGAAUCUUCAUUCCAAGCCAAAUUUUGAACAACCUUAAGUCAAAGAUUAUCCCUGAUUCUAGAUUAUUACAAUUAUUUUAUUGUUUUGGUAUUUUAGGUUUGACGAAAGCGACAUGCGACAUGAAGGACCUGAAGCACGUGACCGCGAUGGCCGACUACGCCCUUCGGAUCAAGGAACAGCUCAGCUACGUCAACCAGCAUUCUUUCAACAACUUCCGCAUUCGGAUCGGGAUCAACAUCGGGCCCGUCGUGGCCGGGGUCAUCGGUUCGAGGAAGCCUCAGUUCGACAUCUGGAGCAACGCGGUGAACGUGGCGAGCAGGAUGGACUCGACGGGGAUAGUCGACAAGAUCCAGGUGACCCAGGAGGUGUACACGAUACUUGCGGCGAGGGGGUACCCGCUCACCUGCAGGGGGACGAUACAGGUCAAAGGGAAAGGAGACAUGGUCACCUACUUCCUCGAGGGUGGAGCUGCCAAUUAACCUCAACAUCAUCAUUAGGACUUUGUUAAAAAACAAAACCUAUAUUGUCGCGAUGACCUUCGAACCCCAACCCCGAUGACCCUUGUAUCCUCCUCGGCAAUAUCAGGUUGUGACUGUAAAUAACCCUUGGUCAAAUUUUUCAACAAAAAAAAUCUACUGUCAAUUUUAGCCGUUCGGCUUAGCGUUUCGAAUUUUACUAUAAACGCUUUCAUCAGGGUAAUAAAAAUUUUGUUGGAUUUCUUUUUGGGCUGUGACGGUUGAAACGGAUUAUUGGACCAAUUCCACAGAGGAAAUGAAGUACGCCGUGUUGAAAACGGAUUUUUUUCUAUUACACAAAUUGGCAUCGGGACGGGAGAGAAGCUGGCUGGAAUUCUGGAAAAAAGAACGCAACUCCUCAUGAUUUCAUCCAAUAUUGGUCGGCCUGGUUGAAAAAAUUUGGAUCAAUCUCAAGGAUACCUGGAGGUUUUUUCCCAAACAUGAACAACAAUCACACCCUUCAUGGACUCAGUCUAAAAAUUCAUUACGGUUUCGUCCAAUAUUGGUCAGAUCGUGUAAAAUUAUUUUGGCCACCGUCAUGUUUCCUGUCGUUGUACCCAAAACGCUCCUCACCACAAAUUCUGUAUUAUUGAGACCACUAUUGGAAAAAUAUUUUGGGUCAAAUCAAGUUUACCUGGCAUUUUUCCAAAAACAUUACCAUCACUUUUCACCCUUUGCGGAUUGUCUGUCCACAAAUUCCUUAUUUUCUCCCAAUAUUUGGUUGGAUUUGGCACUGCCUGUCCACAAUUUCUCACGGCACUUUAUGUUUACAAUUUUUCAUGAUUUCAUUGAAUAUCCGGUCGUAUUUUAUACUAUCAGUCCACAAAUCGUUACGAUUGCAUCCAAUAUUCGGUCGGAUUUUGUACUGUCUGUCCACAAAUCUUUACUAUUGCAUCCAAUAUUUCGACGGGUUUGGGAACUUUAUAUUCAAAAUCCCUUAUUAUUUUAUUAAUAUUUGGACUGAUUUUGUUCUGGUAGUACAAAUGUUUGAUUGCAUUAGGAAUCGUCUCCACAAAUCUAUUUAUUAUUUGUGCCGGUUUGGGAACUUUCCGUUCAAGAUCCUUUAUUUUUUCAUCCAAUAUUUGGUCGAAUUUUGUACGGCCUGUCUACAAUUUCUCAUGAUUUCAUCCAACAUUUAGGCGGAUUUGGUACUGCCAGCCUACAAUUUCUCAUGAUUUCAUUCAAUAUUUGGUGAGAUUUUUGAACUGUCUGUCCACAAUUUCUCUUGGUUUUAUACAAUAUUCGGUCGCAUUUGGUACAGUAUGUUUACAAUUUCUCAUGGUUUUAUCCAAUAUUGGUCGCACUGUACAUCGUAUGUCCAUAAUUUCUCAUGGUUUUAUCCAAUAUUCGGUCGGAUUUGGUACUGUAUGUUUACAAUUUCUCAUGAUUUCAUCCAAUAUUUGGUAAGACUUUUUAACAGUCUGUCCUCAAUUUCUGACGGUGUUAUCCAAUAUUGGUCGCACUGUGCAUUGUGUGUCCAUAAUUUCUCAUGGUUUUUUCUAAUAUUCGGGCGGAUUUGGCACUGUCUGUUUAAAAUUUCUCAUGAGUUCAUCCAAUAUUUCGUCAGAUUUGGUAUGUUGGGUACGUGUACAAUUUCUCAUGCUGCCAUCAAAUAUUUGGUCAGACUUUUUAACUGUCUGUCCACAAUUUCUCAUGGUUUUAUUCAACAUUGGUCGCACUGUGCAUUGUGUGUCCAUAAUUUCUCAUGAUUUCAUCCAACAUUCGGCCGGAUUUGGUACUGUAUGUUUACAAUAUCUCAGGAUUUCAUCCAAUAUUUGGUCAGACUUUUUAACUGUCUGUCCACAAUUUCUCAUGGUGUUAUGCAAUAUUGGUCGCACUGUGCAUUGUGUUUCCAUAAUUUCUCAUGGUUUUAUCCAACAUUCGGACGGAAUUGGUAUUGUACGUUUACAAUUUCUCAUGAUUUCAUCCAAUAUUUGGUGAGAUUUUUGAACUGUCUCCACAAUUUCUCUUGGUUUUAUCCAAUAUUCGGUCGGAUUUGGUACUGUAUGUUUACAAUUUCUCAUGAUUUCAUCCAAUAUUUGGUAAGACUUUUUAACA